CCCAACCACCCCGCUUUCUCGUUUGAAACGGCUCCGGCUCCCGUCUUCGUCGGCGUUGGCCGCUGUGAGACUGACUGGACAGUAAGACGGGAUGGAGGAAGGGGAAGUGCUGGAGCUCUAUGAACUUCAUUACUCCGAUUUAAUGGCGAUGUCUUCUGAUUUAACAGCGCACCCUAAUCAGCUAAACCAUGAUCUCUCAACUCCCUCGCCGGAGGAGCGACGAAGACUGGAAACUGUCAGGAGGUCGGUGAUGGAAACCCUAGGUCCGACGGGUUCAGGGCUUCUUUCCAUCACCGGCGUCCCUAAUGCUUCUCUUCUUCGCAGGCGCCUUCUCCCUCUCGCAAGGAAGCUCGCUCUUCUGGACAACGACCAGCGGAAGCGCAUUCUCAAGGAAUGUGGCUUGGGGAGUGAUGUUCCAUUGAAGAACCCAGAUAGGAAAGUAUCCUCCUUUGCAAUGCAGCUGAAAUACACUGAAUUUCUCGAGUCCGGUCAAGCUAUUUAUACGCCUUGCAGCUUUGCAAGGACUGAUUUGGACGCUGACCAUAGCUGCUUAGAUUCAGUGUCAGGGGAUGAUGACUAUAAGAAUCUUGGACACCGCAUGAUGCAGCUAGGAUUAUGUCUUGCGCAAGUGUGUGAUAAAGCAAUUGGUGGCAAAGAGUUGGAGAAGAGCUUGCUUGAAUCAGGCACAGCAAAGGGGCGUCUGAUACAUUAUCAUUCAGCCCUUGACAAUGUUCUUGGAAAAGAAACUGCAAGAAGAAACCUGGGGUCAUCAAGAAAAAUGGGUAAUGCCAAAACCAGCAAAGGAUAUCCCUUGUUGAGUGCGGACUCUGCAUUCGUUGAAAAUGGCAGUCAUGAAAAGCUAUGGCAGCAAUGGCAUUAUGAUUACGGUAUCUUCACUGUUCUGACAGCACCUAUGUUUCUUGUUCCAUCUCAUCUGUCAGAAAAUGGGAUCACAUCUCAACUUCCUUCAGUUACUUACGCUGAAGAAUGCUCUUAUCCUGGUGGGAAUUCGUAUUUGCAAGUCUUUCAUCCGAACAAUAACGCAGUGGUCAUGGUGAAAGCUUCUCCAGAAAGUUUCAUUGUUCAAGUUGGAGAAUCAGCUGAUAUCAUAUCAAAGGGAAAACUCCGUCCUACCCUUCACUGUGUAACCAGGCCAGAGAAGAUGGACUAUUUAAGCAGAGAAACGUUUGUGGUGUUUUUACAGCCUUCUUGGAGCAAAACAUUUUCGCUCUCUGGUUACAAUGGCUCGCAGCGCUCUUGUUUAGAUGACCGAUGGUCGGGUGAAGAAAAUGGCUCUUCUAGGCCUGGUUCAAAAGAUUUGAAGGAGCAUAUUCAUAAAAUGGUUCCACCCCUUUCUUCGCGUUUAAAAGACGGAAUGACAUUCGCUGAAUUUGCACGUGAAACUACCAAGCGGUAUUAUGGGGGUGGUGGAUUGCAGUCAAACAGUUAGCCAGCUUGUGUUUUGGUUUUCUUUUUGUGGAAUGCUGGUGAACCCCACUCCUGGGUCUAGUCACAUUUGUCAAGAUGAAUAAGACUCGUCUUUGCUGUUGAAAGGGGCGUGGUGUUAUGUUCUUGCUGGAAAUGGCCCCCCUUGGUUAGUUCUUUGUGUGAGAGAGGGACCGAAAGACAACAAUGCAAACAUUCUUAAACAGUUAUUGGCAUUGGUGCUUAACUGGAAUGCAUGCCAUAAAGUACCAGGGAGCUUUCUGUGCAUUGAUUCUUUGGAAAAAAAAAGUGGAAUCCGUGCUCCCCCAGUUUGUUCCAGAAGUGUUGGGAAUCUCCUGCUCAAUGGAAUAGCCAGCCGAAUGAGGACAAAGGAUAUAUAUUCAGCAGCAUGUUCAAUCAAGUUGGUUAGUAGGUUGAUGGAUGGACUCUCUAUUCCUGCUUGAUCUGUAAAUCUCGACCCGAGUUUGGACUUAUUAAGCCAAGUAGCAGCUCGAAGUCACCGGAAAUAUAUAUGCUUGGACCUCCUACUCUUUUUCCUCUCUGUAUAUAAAGAACUAGCUAUCGCUUCGCGUAUCACAAAGAUAAAUAUUUUUAAAAGAAGUAAUUUUAAUGUUGACCAAAAAAUAAAAGUCAUCUUAUUUAAUUGCUAAUCAUUCUUUUCGUAGGUUUGUUAUUUACAAU